UUUGUGUGUCGGGCGGUUGACAAGAUUCGACAAGUUCGAGGCAGGUGUCCGCGAGCAGUUCGAAAUUUUAUAAUCCGCAACUUCGAAUUUAAUGAGAAACGUCAGUUAACCUCUCUCGGUAGGCACUCGUUCUGCGUAGCUAUCGUUAUUCGAAAAGUCGUCACUGAAAAGGUAAGCUUCUCAUACAAGUUACUCAAACAAUUAUCGAGAGAGACUGUUGUCACUGGUGAGUUGAGAAUUUCUGCAAACAUUUGCGAAAUAUCUUCUGUUCUUUAUAUUUUAUCAUCUCAUCGUGCCAAUCGACAUGCUUCGAUUACGUGACAUGUAAUUAUUUUCUCUCGUGCAGAGAUCGAUUUAUGCUUGACUCCACCAUCUUGGUUUAAAUCUAAUUUACGAUUAACUCAAGGGAAUUGACCAGUCGCAUUGAUUAAUUGAGCUGAUUCGCCAAUGCGAUUGAUCAGUUCCGUCGAAUUAAUCGUAGAUUAGAUUUAAACCGGAAUGUUGGAACCGAAUAUUAGACGGGAAAGAUUUGGUUGCGAAUGCAAUCAGUGGAGGCGCGAGUCGGGUCAGGAAUGAAUAAACGUCCCUUCGUAAACCAUGGUGUGUCGUAUGUGCUAAUUAUUUCUGCGUUAUUUGUCUUUAAUAACAACAAUUUGUAUAAAUAAUACAUCUUGCGUGUAUGCCGCAACAUCAAAGGAACGACGCUAUAGCGAACGCGUUUUGCGGCGCGACCUGCGGACGUCACUGAGCCGGGCACGAAUACAAUUUUGAUAUAUAUAUAUAUAUAUAUAAAUAUAUAUUUAUAUAUAUUUAUAUAUUUAUAUAUAUAAAUAGCUCGGAAGAGUAUCUGCGUUAUACCCUAAUCCGUACGAGUAAUAUUGGCACUUACUAAUUAAUCGAAACCUGGGCCGUCUUAAACAUUAACCGUCGAUCGAAACGAUACGAGAGAUCCCGAUUCCUCCUUCUCGUCCUCUCUCUUUUUUUUUUUCUGUCUUCUCGAGUCACGUAAGAAAGAGAAAAAAAGAAGGAAACGGAAAAAACGUUCCAAGUGAAUUCUAGGAGGACGAUCUUUUUCGCUAGAAUGGCCGGUGUAAUUCAGUACGUGGUGGUGCGGGGAGAUCUUUCGAAGGCAAUGAACUGGCCGUUGGGCGCGGUGGUCGCACAAGCGUGUCACGCGUGUACCGCCGUUACCCAUCUCUUUUACAAUGACACCCACACGCAGGCUUAUCUCGCCGAUUUAGAUAAUAUGCACAAGGUGGUGCUCGAGGCCCCCGACGAAGCCAGUCUGCAAACGCUGUGUACGAAACUGAAGGAGAACGACAUUCAGCACAAGCUGUGGAUAGAGCAGCCCGAAAACAUCGCGACGUGCCUGGUGACGAAACCCUAUCCCAAGGACCAGGUGCAGUCGUACUUCAAGAAGUACAAAUUGCUCAAGAUGUGACGGCAACGGCGGAUGUAAACGGCAAUAAACAUCUUUUUAUGAAGA